CAAUUUUCAGACACUACUAAUCUGUACGUGAGUGGCAUGGCAUCAAAUCAUAGCACUUCACCCCAAGAUGACCAUCUUCCUCAUUACCUCCAGGAUGAAGACCCCUUUGCAUCAAAACUUUCUAGGGAAGCUGACUUAGUAGCUGGAUUUUAUUUAACAGUUAUUGGAGUUCUUUCCACUUUUGGGAAUGGCUAUGUUCUUUUUAUGUCCUUGAAACGGAAAAAGAAGCUCAGACCCGCUGAGAUAAUGACUGUCAAUUUAGCUGUGUGUGACUUGGGGAUUUCAGUUGUCGGAAAACCAUUUAGUAUAAUUUCCUUCUUCUCUCACCGAUGGGUGUUUGGCUGGCUGGGCUGCCGUUGGUAUGGAUGGGCCGGCUUCUUCUUUGGCUGUGGGAGCCUUAUCACCAUGACAGCUGUCAGCCUGGAUAGAUACCUGAAAAUUUGUCAUUUAACUUAUGGUACCUGGCUUAAGAGACAUCAUGCCUUUAUCUGCCUGGCAAUCAUCUGGGCCUACGCUAUGUUCUGGGCUACUGUGCCAUUUGCUGGUUUGGGGAACUAUGCUCCAGAGCCAUUUGGAACCUCCUGUACUCUGGAUUGGUGGCUGGCUCAGGCGUCAGUGGCUGGACAGGCAUUUAUUCUGAAUAUUCUCUUCUUCUGCCUCUUGCUCCCAACUGCAGUGAUUGUGUUUUCCUAUGUUAAAAUCAUUGCAAAAGUCAAGUCAUCUGCCAAAGAAGUUGCUCAUUAUGACACCAGGAUUCAAAACAAUCAUGUACUGGAAAUUAAAUUGACCAAGGUGGCAAUGUUGAUCUGUGCAGGAUUUCUGAUUGCCUGGAUCCCAUAUGCCGUGGUAUCAGUGUGGUCAGCUUUUGGACAGCCAAACUCAGUACCCAUUCAAGUUUCAGUCGUCCCAACCUUGCUUGCAAAAUCGGCAGCUAUGUACAACCCAAUUAUUUACCAAGUCAUUGAUUGUAAAUUUUCCUGUUGCCGUUCAUUGCAGAAGAAGAGCUCCUUGAAGAAAUCCAGGCUGUAUACGAUAUCUGGAAAUAGAGAGCCAACAGCAAUGAACGAAACCCACCUGGAGGUGUGA